AUGGCAGUCAUCCGCGCCGCCGAGCGCGCGCACAGCCCCGCCAUAAUCCAACUCUUCCCCUGGACUAUGCACUUCCAGGGCGCACACUUCAUCCGCUUCGUCGUCGCUGCUGCGCAUGCCGCUUCCGUCCCCAUCGCUGUGCAUCUAGAUCACUGCAUCGAACCCGAUGACAUUGAUUUCGCUCUCACACUCCCCUUUGAUUCGAUAAUGAUUGAUGGGUCCAGCAUGGAUGAGGCUGAGAAUGUCGCGCUCUGCGCGAGCACGGUAGCCAGGGCGCAUGAGUGCGGUAUGGCGGUCGAGGUUGAAUUAGGGCGGAUUGAGGGUGGCGAGGAUGGCCUUCCUAACAUGGACCUAGGCAGUGUGAUGACGAGGCCUAGCGAUGCACGGGUGUUCCUGGAGGCGACUCAGGCGGACUUUUUGGCGCCCAGCUUUGGGAAUGUGCAUGGGGGCUACGGGGUUGUGGGAGCGGAGGGAUGUUGGGAUUUAGAGCUGCUCCAACAGAUCGAAGAGGCCGUCCCGUCCACUCCGCUCGUCCUGCAUGGUACGCAUCCGGUCUCGGACGAGCUUUUCCUCAGGGCAAUUGAAUGUGGCAUGAGCAAGGUGAAUGUUAACCGGACGGUGCGCGACAACUACACGGCGUUUGUGGCGGAGAAUGCGGGAAAGCUGGAGUUGACGGUGCUCAAGGUACGGGCAGUUGAGAUCUACGCUGAGUCGGUGGAAAGGGUGAUGAAGUUGUUUGGCUCGGCAGGCAAGGCUUGA